AUGGCGCGUCAGUUCUUCGUGGGCGGCAACUUCAAGAUGAACGGAACCAUUUCCGGCAYCAAGGACAUUGUCAAGCACCUCAACGACGCCAAGGUCGACCCCAACACCGAGGUCGUCAUCUCACCACCAGCACUCUACCUGCUCCUCACUCGCGAGCAUCUCCGCUCCGGAAUCGAGGUCGCCGCACAGAACGUCUUCGACAAGCCAAAUGGUGCUUUCACCGGCGAGAUCUCGGUCUCACAGCUCAAGGAUAGCAACAUCACCUGGACCAUUCUCGGCCACAGCGAACGCCGUACCAUCCUCAACGAGUCCGAGGACUUCAUCGCCAAGAAGACCAAGACUGCCCUCGACGGUGGCAUUGGAGUCAUCCUCUGCUGUGGUGAGACGCUGGAGCAGCGUGAGGCGGGCAAGACCCAGGACGUCGUGCUUGCCCAGCUUGCCGCCGUCUCCAAGGAGGUCAAGGACUGGAGCAAGGUUGUUGUAGCCUACGAGCCCGUUUGGGCCAUUGGCACUGGAAAGGUCGCCACCAAGGAGCAGGCGCAAGAGGUGCACGCUGCUAUUCGUGCGUGGAUCAGCAAGGAGCUUGGUGCUGAUACCGCGGAGAAGACGAGAAUCAUUUACGGAGGCAGCGUGAGCGAGAAGAACUGCAAGGAGUUGGCACAGGAGAAGGAUAUCGACGGUUUCCUCGUUGGUGGAGCCUCGCUCAAGCCUGCGUUUGUGGACAUCAUCARCGCCAAGCAGGCAUGA